AUGGAUGCUGCGGGAAGGGGCUGCCAUUUGCUGCCCCUGCCAGCGGCGCGCGGACCUGCUCGCUCUCCUGCGGUGGCGGCCGCCGCCCGCGCCGUCAGCCGGCCCGGCCUCUGCAGCGCCGCCGCCUCGGCUCCCUCCGCGGCCGCCGGAGCGGUCGCCAUGAACCCCAGCUCCUCGGCGGGAGAGGAGAAGGGGGCGACGGGCGGCAGCGGCGGCGGCGGAAGCGGCGCCGGGAGUUGCUGCCUGGGCGCGGAGGGCGGCGCGGACCCGCGGGGCGCGGGGGCAGCGGCGGCGGCGGCGGCGGCGGCGGCGGCGGCGGGGGCCGCUGCCCUGGAGGAGCCCGCGGCCGCCGGCGCGAAGGAGAAGGACGAGGCGCUGGAGGAGAAGCUCAGGAACUUAACUUUCCGGAAGCAGGUCUCUUACAGGAAAGCAAUCUCCCGGGCAGGCCUGCAGCACCUGGCUCCUGCACAUCCCCUCAGCCUUCCUGUGGCAAAUGGUCCAGCGAAGGAGCCCAGAGCGACUCUGGACUGGAGUGAGAAUGCCGUGAAUGGAGAGCACCUGUGGCUGGAGACCAACGUCUCAGGAGACCUGUGUUACCUGGGAGAGGAGAACUGCCAAGUCAGAUUUGCAAAAUCGGCCCUCAGGAGGAAGUGUGCGGUCUGUAAAAUCGUCGUCCACACCGCCUGCAUUGAACAGCUAGAAAAGAUUAAUUUCAGAUGUAAACCAACAUUUCGAGAAGGGGGCUCAAGAUCGCCAAGAGAAAACUUUGUGCGUCAUCACUGGGUGCACAGGCGUCGGCAGGAGGGAAAAUGUAAGCAGUGUGGUAAGGGCUUCCAGCAAAAGUUCUCCUUCCACAGUAAAGAGAUUGUGGCUAUCAGCUGUUCCUGGUGCAAACAGGCGUUUCACAAUAAGGUGACCUGCUUCAUGCUGCAUCACAUUGAAGAACCCUGCUCCCUGGGGGCUCAUGCUGCUGUCAUUGUCCCGCCCACCUGGAUCAUUAAGGUGAAGAAACCUCAGAACUCGCUGAAGGCUUCAAAUCGGAAGAAGAAGAGAACAAGCUUUAAAAGAAAAGCCAGUAAAAGAGGAACUGAACAGGAAAACAAAGGUCGACCUUUUGUGAUAAAACCUAUCUCUUCUCCUCUCAUGAAGCCCUUGCUUGUGUUUGUGAACCCCAAGAGCGGAGGCAACCAGGGAACCAAAGUCCUGCAGAUGUUCAUGUGGUACCUGAAUCCACGACAGGUCUUUGAUCUAUCUCAGGAAGGGCCAAAAGAUGCGCUUGAGUUAUAUAGGAAGGUACCAAAUCUACGAAUUCUGGCCUGUGGCGGGGAUGGAACGGUGGGCUGGAUCCUUUCUAUUCUGGAUGAACUGCAGCUGAGCCCUCAGCCUCCUGUCGGGGUCCUUCCACUGGGAACUGGGAACGACCUGGCUCGAACUCUCAACUGGGGAGGGGGCUACACUGAUGAACCUGUUUCGAAGAUCCUUUGCCAAGUCGAAGACGGGACAAUUGUACAGCUGGAUCGCUGGAACCUCCACGUGGAAAGAAACCCAGACUUGCCUCCAGAAGAACUUGAAGAUGGUGUGUGUAAGCUUCCUCUGAAUGUUUUCAAUAAUUACUUCAGCCUUGGAUUUGAUGCCCACGUCACACUGGAGUUCCAUGAAUCCAGAGAAGCAAAUCCAGAGAAAUUCAACAGUCGUUUUCGAAAUAAAAUGUUCUAUGCAGGGGCAGCUUUUUCUGAUUUCCUACAGAGAAGCUCUAGAGAUCUUUCCAAACAUGUUAAAGUUGUUUGUGAUGGAACAGAUCUCACUCCAAAGAUUCAGGAACUGAAGUUCCAGUGUAUAGUAUUUUUAAAUAUACCCAGAUAUUGUGCUGGCACAAUGCCCUGGGGGAACCCAGGAGAUCACCAUGAUUUUGAACCUCAGCGUCAUGAUGAUGGUUAUAUUGAAGUAAUUGGAUUCACUAUGGCCUCUUUGGCUGCCCUGCAAGUUGGGGGCCAUGGGGAAAGGCUACACCAGUGUCGGGAGGUCAUGCUGCUCACUUACAAACCCAUCCCCAUGCAAGUGGAUGGGGAGCCCUGUAGGUUGGCCCCAGCUAUGAUUCGGAUCUCCUUGAGGAAUCAAGCCAACAUGGUGCAGAAGAGCAAGAGGAGAACAUCCAUGCCUUUACUCAAUGAUCCCCAAUCUGUCCCAGACCGCCUGAGGAUCCGGGUGAACAAAAUCAGUUUACAAGACUAUGAAGGAUUCCACUAUGACAAAGAGAAACUUCGGGAAGCUUCUAUCCCUCUGGGUAUUCUAGUUGUGCGUGGAGACUGUGACUUGGAGACUUGCCGUAUGUACAUAGAUCGCCUACAGGAGGACCUGCAGUCAGUUUCUUCUGGCUCCCAGAGAGUUCAUUACCAGGACCACGAAACCUCCUUUCCCAGGGCGCUCUCAGCCCAGAGACUUUCCCCGCGGUGGUGCUUUCUAGAUGCAACUUCUGCUGAUCGCUUUUACCGAAUAGACAGAUCUCAGGAACAUUUGCACUUUGUGAUGGAGAUUUCCCAAGAUGAGAUUUUUAUUCUGGACCCCGAUAUGGUAUUGUCACAGCAGGCAGGGACACCUCCCGGAAUGCCUGACCUGGUGGUGGAGCAAGCCUCAGGAGUGGCAGACUGGUGGAACCCUGCCCUACGGAAACGCAUGCUGAGCGACAGCGGGCUGGGAAUGGCAACUCCGCAUUAUGAAGACUCAGAUUUGAGGGACCUCAGCCACUCCCGCGUGCUACAGUCACCAGUCUCUUCAGAAGAUCAUGCAAUUUUGCAGGCAGUAAUAGCUGGUGAUCUUAUGAAGCUAAUAGAAAGCUAUAAAAACGGAGGGAGUCUGCUAAUUCAGGGACCAGACCACUGUUCACUCCUUCACCAUGCAGCUAAAACCGGCAACGGGGAGAUUGUGAAAUAUAUCCUUGACCACGGACCUUCUGAGUUAUUGGAUAUGGCAGACAGCGAAACGGGUGAGACCGCACUGCACAAGGCUGCCUGCCAGCGGAACCGGGCUGUGUGCCAGCUUCUGGUGGAUGCGGGAGCAUCUCUGAGAAAGACGGACUCCAAGGGUAAGACACCUCAAGAGAGAGCACAGCAAGCUGGAGACCCAGAUUUGGCUGCUUACCUAGAAAGCCGCCAGAACUAUAAGAUCAUUGGCCACGAGGACCUGGAAACUGCUGUUUGACCCUGGUAGAUCACAAGAGAACUUGAGCGAGCAUAUCACCUAUGCCCUCCCGGCGAUCGGGCAGCUCCCCUGGAAGAAGCUGAUGGAAUCCAUAAAUCUGUCUCUCUCCUGCAAGAAUCAAUCUGAUACCAUGUCACCAGUUGUUAAGGGCUACCAAGACGUCCAACAGAACAUGAUAGCCCACCGAGGAAGAGGCAGGAUACCUGGAGAUUUGUGGAAUACAAGUUCCACGAAAUUUGAUCCUUAUUGCUUCCAGCAAGUAGCAUGAACUUCUGUGUUCACCUGUAUAAUUUAUUUUCAAGGUUCAAAGGAUGUUCCUAUACAUGGCACUGCUCCCGCCUCCCCCUGUGCAUUCAUGACUCCCCUGUACCACACAAUUCUACUGUAACUACUCACCGUUCGAAAAAUAUGAUCUCUUCUCUUUACAUUCAGUCUUUGAAAACCACAAGACCAUCUGAAGGUCUUUGAAAACCCUCUGGAUGUCCUGCAGAAACACAACUGUAAAGCUGCUUCCAUUUCCCAGAUGAAAUAUACCAAGACUAUUAGUGACUUUUUGCAUGUUCCCUCCCUCCCACCCAACCACCCACCCAACCCCUUAUCAUUAGCUAGGAGCUGGGACGUGCCACAUGGAUAAUGUCAACUUGUGUGCUCUUAUCUCUGAGGUAUGGUGAGGUGGCAUGGGAGGGAACCCAGGGGCCGGCCCGGGGUUGUGGGGCUGUUGCUGAUAGCCCCGAGGACUGGUUCAGCUUGGGCUGUUUGCACAGCUCCGUACUGCCUACGUGUAGCCAUCUUUGCCUUUUGCCGCAAUAGAGACGAGCGAAGGAUUAAACGAAGGCCCAUGGCUGGUUUGCAGAACCACUGGAUUUUUAAGUGCAGUUGAAGUUGCCCGAGCAGAAAACCAUGUGCAAGAGCUGCGAUAACAGGAAACGGAGCACUGUGACAGCGUUUACGUGUAGACUUUCUUGAGUGAUAAGAGAAAGCAGGCUAAUUGACUUGAAAUGAAACAGCCAAUGCAAAAGUAGCAACAUAUUGAGUCAAAAUAACUCACUUAAGCAAGAAAACGGUCACUGGAAUAUUGCACAGAGGCUAAUAAGUAUAGACUCUUAGGUGCAGUGGUGGAAGGGGGGGCCAUUUUAGCUUUUCCUUCUAAGGUUUUGGUUUUCAUUACCCCCAAGUAAGCCUUGUCCCAAGGAUAAAGCCUUGUUUUAUGAGUUUCCACUGCCAGAUUUCCAGGAUGGCUGGAUCUUUCUGAUGGAUGCCUCACCUUUACUUGUCCAGUCCCAGGUUAUGCUUGAUAGCAUUACAGCCCCAUUUCUCCUGUACGGGGUAGUCUAAUAUAUUCUCUUCUCUGUUUUCCUCUGCUGGAAAAUUCUUAGUACAAACCGCUGUGGGAGCCUAGCCAGAAAUGUGUCUCUAAAAUUGGAAUUGCAACUUCUAAUCCUGCCACAGAUCCGUUGGUCCACACAGGUCCCUCUACUGGGGAUUCUGUGAUAACUACGAUAGCAAGAGAAAAAGUCUAACUUUCAGUGAAGAUAUCUAUUCGACUUGGGUGUAAGUGAGAAAUGAAAGCGGGUGAUUAAGGGUUGUUUCAGACUAAAACCGAUGUCUCUGAGCUUUUCUUCCAUUUUGCUCUUAGACACAAGCAAAGUGCUUCUCCGGUGUUUCUGCAUGUGAACGUAUAAAUGAUGGUUUUUCUACAUUUACUGAAAAGGUCCAGUGGUGACGCAUUGCUUAUCUGAAUUUCGUCUGGUCACAUAACAUUUUGAAAGGACAGCUAUGAAUACUGGAUUAAGUAGGAGUAGCUUCUCAGUGGAUGGGAACGUCAUUCCAAAGUCAAAUCGUUGGUGUUGUUUCCAGCUGUGGGAGAAGAGGUUGGUCAUGAGUAAUCUGUUGUCAUCUAACAGUCUUAGUAAUGGAAUUAUCUGUUGGGUUUUAUGGUGAAGGGAAGGUGGACUGCAGUAGGUGUUUCCAGAAGCUGGAAAAAUAUGCUCCAGGAGAUUUUCAUCACUGGGCUUCAUCUGGGAGUUUUUCAGUUGGUGGCACCAUCAAAGAGAUGUUGUGAUGACAGAAAUAUAAUCUCUAAACCGACUGGAGUCUGGCCUUGAAUGGUGCCUUCCAUUCCCUAGAUUUAGCCAAACAGUCGACCACACCAUCGGUUACCCAGCUGCCAUUUCUGGGAUGAAGGACUAUUUUCACCAACUACCAUCUCACAUUUCUUUGUGAUGCUUCAAAGCAGCCCAGAGAAAAUUGAGGGUAUAGAUGGCUAUGGGCCAAUUCAAAUAGGUCCAACUGAAGUCACAAGUAAAUUCCUGGUAUGAAAGUAGAUUAGCUAAUGAUUACUGUAGGAGUUCUGGUACAUUUGAAAAUAAUCCCAAGCCAAAAAAAAAAAAAAAAGCUCUAUGUUGUUGAUGGGAAGCAUACAACCAAGGCAAAUAACUCUUUGAAAAAGCAAAUGCCCUCAGGACUUGGGUUUUCCAAGAAAAGAACAUCAAAAUGAGCAGAACAGUUAUAUAUUCAAUGGAUUCGAUAUUCAACCUACCUCCUGUAGCAUUUUUAAAAAUUGAUCUCUGCGUGUGACAGUCUGGGCUUUAGAAAGGCCAUAUGUUCCAGCAGUUCCAGCUCAGCCUAAGUAUAUCUUCUCACCUUUAAUGGGCCAUCAGAAAGUAUAGAAGCAAACGGUCUGGCCCUGGUCUUUAAACCCACAUGCAUUUAAUUUAAAUACAUAAACUAUAUACUUAUAGAAAUAGCAAUUUCUACAAAACCUCCUGAGACAGUACUGGAGAGAGGCUGCCUUAGCUGGCAUUCAUUCCUCUGUGUUUGGCUCAGAGAGCCCCUCACGUAGGUGGUGCUUUCUGCUCUGGGAUUCCAUUUUUAGGUUAGGCUGACAGGGAGGGGUAUGAGAAAUGGCGAGUUAUUACAAGACAACAUCACAGAACCCUGAAGGUAGUCAUUUUUGAGGCCGUAGAUUCCAGUCGUACACAUUUAAUGAAAUAGAACCCAGCUAAGCUGUGCUUUGUCACAUUCAAGGACUUGAUAAAAAACAGAAGCCAAGAAGGAAAUAAACACCAUGGCUGCGAAUUUCACUUGGAGGGUUCUGGUUACCUCUUGUGGAGGCUUUAACUUAAACCAAUGCAUGUUUCUGAAAAAGAGAUCUUAGCUGGCAAGUGCACAGCCAUGAAGUUAGCGACAGCUGAUGGGAAACCUCGCCCACCCGUGGCUCCCUAGGCCAUCACAGGAGCUGGCCCUAGCGCUUAGGCAGAUCUUUUGCAUUGAGAGAUCUCAGCAGGUAGCUUUUGUUUGGACCUCAUAACCAUUUCUUUGCCCUAAAGUGUUUCUGAAAUGUAUUUACCAGCCUUCUCAUAACGUCCAUGUUUUACAAUAUGUGGGGCAGCAGUUUUAUGUGUUUAUCGGUCUCUUUUAUUUAAAUUGUUUAAUUUUAUUUAGAUCGCUUAAUUUGUAGAAGUCAAACAUGCUUUUUAUCAGAAGUUCGAAUAGCACAGAUGAGAAUCACAGGCAAGGUCAAGGUGUUCGUCUGUGCUGGUGUAGUGUCCUCAGCCCCCUCCCCAGAGAUAAGCGGCGUUAACACCAAUAAACAUUGUCGCUUGUAUGUUGUCAGAAAUACUGUGUACGCAAGCCCCCCCACCCACGUAUAGAAAUAUAUUUAUUUGUAUACGUGUGUGUAUAUCUGUACUAUACACACGCUAUCGCAUAGGCUUAUGAUAGAACAUUUUAGAAGCAUGUUAAUCAUCUCUGUGUAUAGUUAACACCAACAGGCAAAGACAGGCUAACAGAAAGUUCUCAUUUAUUCUUUGUUGUUUUUACCGUUGCUAAGCUUAGUUCUUUUACUGCAGCACUCCAGCUACACAUGGCAUUUGCUGUGUGUCAUAAAAUCCAUGACCAAGAGGUCUUAUAAUGGUUUAUGUUACCUUAUGUGAAGCAUGAAACCUACGUGAGCCCAGAGCCUUGUCUGCGCUAUUUUUGGAUCUCACAUGGAGAGUUUCUUUCUCUGUCCUGCUCACUCCCCUUACCAAGGCUGAGUUUGCAGGGCUAAUAACACUCCAUACACUGCCUGAUGAUAUUUAAUUAGGGCCAGCUACUGACAGGAAGGUGUAGUAACUUGGAUAUGGGCUGGGGUCUGAAGAGCUUGGCUUCCUUCCAGUAGGAGUAGCUAAUGAAAUCACUGAAAACAGUGUGAUCUUUUACUCAAUUAUGCUGUUUAAAAAUAAAAUAGAUCAUUGUUGAAAUGAUCCUCAUAGCCAUCAAAUUAAAACUAACUGCUCUACUUAAAUGGAUUAUCUUCAUUUAGGUAAGAAAAAAGUAGAACAUGUAUUAAAUGAGAAGACUUUUCUAACUAACCUUUAGCACUUAUUGUGUAAAAUAGUCUUUGUCCAGGUCUCCUUAGAACCUUCUCUUAAUCUCUCUACGUUCUCAUUCUCUGAAUUCCAUAUUCAGCUGACUGGUGUAGUUUUUUCUCUGCCGAGCCUCUCAGAUUGACUUUGGCCCCAACCCUUUCUGCGACCAGGUCAUCAUCCAUCUCUGGUCCCUCCAAUUUUUCUGACCAUGGCAAUAGUCCUCCUGGACUUUCCGCCACUACCUUCGUAAUUUUGUCAUACAGCUGCCCAGAUUUUCCCCAGGCAUUAUCUCAAAAUGGAUCAAAAUGAAAUGACCCUCUGGGACAAGUAUCCAUUUUGCCUGAAGGACAAAUAGACGUCCACUGACCUUGAUUAUCUUAUAGAGUUACAACAAGCCUUAUUCUGAAAAGUCAUCUGCCACAGAGGUUUAGCACACGUCUGUCUUGGCGUCCUCAGUCAUGGCAGCUUCUUCCACAUCUGGUGAUGUAAACCAUGUGCUCCCCGAAGUUACCUAGAUGACUGGAUUAUAUACGUGUUAACCCCUACUGGCCACCUGUGGAUUUUUAGGCCGUCUCCCCACAGUUUAGUGAGAAACCUAAAUACAGGAACUAAGCAAGGAGUAGUGCCCUUGGACAACCCACUCUCCCAGGACACAUAGCAGUGACCUGGUCUCAAAAAGAAAGCAGAAAAAAAUGAUUCUUAGGCUGUUGAGGCAUUGUCUUUUAAAGCAGAGAUUUGAAUAUUGAAUAAUAUCCUCAUGGUAGACAGAUUCCAGAGUCUUUAUAUGUCUUCAGGCAUCCUGCGGGCAACCAUAAGUUCAUGAGCCAGUCAUACCUUUGGGUAUUUAGUCAUUUAUUUCAAAAAUAUAUUUAUCCCUUACUCUGAUGCAAGCAGCUUGCUAAGGAUCUAAGAAUCAAUGAGAGAGCCCAACCCCUUGAGUCCAUGGAGCUGGCGGCCUAGGAGAAAAGACGGAUUCCCAUGUGAUCAGUUGGGCAUGGGAGAAGCACAGGGUGCCAGGAAAGCACGCAACGGGGUGUCCAUCAGGCCUUUAUUGUGCCUGUCACUCUUCAGCCCGCAAGAUUUUAGUUUUAUGAAAUACGAAAUGAGAAUAUGAAGGGGAUGAUAUUUUGCAUUUCCUUUUCCUUCGAGUCUUGGUAGUGUUCUUAAAAAUGUAUUUGCGACCAAGACUUUCAGAUGAGACAGAAACACUACCGAAAUGACAGCUAAAACUCAUGCUAUUUCUCAAGAAUGAAACUAGAAGCAAUAGGCAAAAUUGGCAGUGGGUUUCGGCCUAAAUACAAAAAUGAAGUAAAAACCGUCAAACAGUGGAGUGGACACCCUGGUGGAAUUACACACUUCUGGACCCUGGGACUGUUUGAACACUACUUGACCACCUGGAGGGAUGAUGCUGUGAUUAGGAACGUUUAUCGAAGGGGCUGGAAUCAGAUUCUGUGAGUUUUUAAAGUUUUAUUUUUAAUGUGGAUGGCAGGAUUUCAGUCUUAAAAUUUAUGAAAGUCUUGAUUUAAUCUUUAAAACACCAUUUGAGAGGGAAAAAUCUUGGAGAGAAUGACUUUCAGUUAUCAUUAAAAAAUUUUAAACCAACUAAGCAUGAAUUUAAGAGCUAGUGAAAAGAAAACAUAUUACGACGUCUAACUCCAGAAUACUUCUGGAAGCGUCAUGGAUUUUGAUACAUGUUCUUAGGCAUCCUUAAGUCAUCUUAGAAAUCUGUUUUUACUGUCUGUCCAGUUGUAAAAAACAAAAAAAAAAACAAAAAGUGGCGCGAUUUGGUAUUCUUACAGUUAAACGUAAUCUACUAUAACCGCGAAAGAAAAUUUUGCCUAAAAGAUAUUGGGGAUCCACACAAGGCAAUCAUGGAAACUCCCACUUGUUUUCGCUGCAGGCGUGAGAGCUGCAAGGGAGGGUCCACCCAUGGAAACAAGUGAUGAUUCUGAAUGUUUUCCCAAGGUUUACUGUUUAGAGCCAAAUGGCAUCUGAAAGGAGUCCCUUAAUGGUGGGAACAACUGAAACUGUCCUCGUUUCUCAGUCCUUUGGUGAACACAUGGGUCUUUUCAAUAGAAAAUAGUUUAUACAACUCAAAUCUAUACCAUUUACUGUCAGUUAUACCGUUUAUUAUAAUUUCAGUAUUUUUAAACAAAGAUCUCUAGACAUGACAGACUAACACCCUCACGGUAGUGUUCGCUAAGUAAACAGUGUCCCGCCAUUGCCUCCAGUGCUGCUUUACGUCGUUCCGAUUUCCACAAUUUAGAAGGUGCCUCCUUGAAAAGAUAUUGACUUAGCAUCCCACAGCAAGAGUUGGGUAGAACUGAGAAAUAGGAAGCUAAAAAGUCAGAGUUUUUGCUCUCAGAGGUUUUUCAGGUUGGGUAAAUGUCCAAGGGAAAAAAAGGGUCAAAUGUUUGGUGCCAUGGUGGACUUCAUGAAAAAAACUAAUACUGAGGGUGACUUCUGGCUUGUCUGUGAUUCUCAACAUUUAAAAAAUGUUAGUACUGUUUUCUCUCCUUGGAAGUCGCUAUUGGGAUGAUAUUUUAGAAUGCUGUACCAAAAAGUGUUGAAAGUGGGCUUGCCAUUCAAGACUCCGUUGCUCUCAUGGGUAUGGAAGCCAUAUCUGCCACACAGUCACAUGCACAGAGGUCUGAUACACCUGUGGGAAGUUCUGCACUUGAAGCAGAAUGAAUAAGCAGGCCUGAGAGAUUCUCCAAUUCUGGAUCUCUUCUUUUACAGAGCACCUCUACAGGCAGAUCUGUGUAUACGUAGAAGGCGGCUAUUUGAUCUGGAAAGAGAACAAACUAAGAUUAGGAACAGGAAUGUUUGGAGGAGACAGGUGAAGAAGGACUAUGUAAUUCAAGUUCUGUAGGGCAAAUAAUUUGUGAAUUAAAGCAAGGACAGAAGAGUUCAGAACAGACAUGAAAAGGAGGUAGCUUUAGUGUUUAUAGGAUUUCUUUUUUCCUACACAUCUAUCCAGAAAAAUGGACUGGGCUUUCUAAAAAAACAAAGCGACUUUACUGCAGCUAGGGUUUCUUCCACUAUUUAAGCAAAAAUUGAACAGCCAAAUCAGUGAUCAUGAAAAAGCAAUUCCUUUAUUGUGAGGGAGCUUAGACUAAAAGACUUGUGUGAUAUUUUCUAGUUUUAGAUUUCUUUGAUUUUGGACUCAAGCAGCACUGUUAGAGUCCCCACCGCCUCUCGGUUCCUGCCAUGUAGAUGGCAGUUACAGCUUUUUUUUUUAACAGUGUCAGUCAUUGCAAAUAUGUCCCAGGUCAUUGAGAAGCAGGUAUUUCAUGACCCUAAAACAAUUUGCUUUGCUUAUGUACACACAUGCACGCGCACACACACACACACACACACACACACACACACACUGUCCAUUGCUAGCCAAUUCCCAAAUCUCCCAAGUAGAGUAGGUGUUUCUACUAAGGCAGAGCAGGCUCAGGUUCAGGAAUUAAAGAGGAAAAAAGGAUCUAGUGUUCAUUUUCUUUCUACCCAUUUGUCAUUUGGGGUGUAUGGCUGUGGCUGGGGCCUGGACAAAUGACAGAUCUCUGUUUUCUGGUGAAGAGCCAUAGAGGCAUUUUUUAAAUGACUUAUUGUCAUUAAGUAGGACUUAACCUUGUAUUGCUAGACUAAUGUUGCUACAAUGUUUGUGGACUAUAGGUUUAAUAGCCCAUCCCCCCUUCCAUAAUAAGAAGACCUGAAUCUUGGAUUUCAGGUUGGCUUGGAUGGGAGUCACUCUUGAGAUAAUCUUUAAAAAUAGACCAUUACUGGAGUUUUGCUGAGAAAAUUCCCCCCACCCCCCCGCCCCGGCUUCCCUUCUUCCCCACCUUGUCUU